AUGUCCCCUAUUUCUUUCUUUUCAAUCUUUUUAUGCUACUGCUGCUCUUUCCUUAUAACUCCCCAUGAAAAUUUCUCAACACUCGCUGCAACAUCUCCUGAUAUAAUAAACCAAACCUGCAGAACAUGCGCCGAUGAGAACCACGUCUUCAGCUACGACCUAUGUACAACCUCUCUCCAAGCAGUUCCGGUCAGCCAUGUGGCUAAUCUCCAAGGACUGGCAUUGAUAGCAAUGGAGCUAGCAUUGAAGAACGCAAGCAAUACGCUUCUGAUCAUACAGAAUUUGAUGGCGAGCAACGAAAGUCUAGAUCCUUUUGCUUUGGUUUGCUUGAAGGACUGCUGGCAGCUCUAUUCGGAUGGGAUCAGAACACUGGUAGAUGCUGUUGGAGCAUUUUUAGGUGAGCAAUAUGAGAACGCCAACAUCUGGCUGAGUGCAGUUAUGGAAGCAUCGAAUACAUGUGAGGAAGGCUUUAAGGAGAAGGAAGGUGAAGUAUUACCGUCGCCAUUGACAAAUGAGAACUACAAUCUGUUUCAAUUAUGUGAAAUUGCACUGUGCAUAGGCCACUUGCUUACCUCAGGUUCUGCCUUGUUGAUGAGGAAUUGA